AGGCAUGGCCACAUCCGGGAGAGGAUCAGAGGAGGCACUGGGAGCCCGCACUGCCCAAGCCAUCUGGGCUACAUGAAGGUGGGACAGAGAGAGGCGCAGGGGCGGCCCGAGAGUGGUCCUGUGACCCCCCAGCCCAGCCCAUGCUCUGGGCCUUAGUUUCCCCUCCCCUGCCCCUCUGGCCAGGGCUCAGGAUGCCAUCUGCUUCACUGAACCCAUCUGUCUGAGACUUGCUCACAUCUUCCUCUUUUGUGACUAGAAGUCACAGGGCAACGCACUAAGCCGUACAGUCACGGAGGGACCACAGAGCCUCAGAGUGUGAAGGGACAGAGGGGAGAGCGGCAAGAGGAGGGGGAGAAGGGGAGCCGGGCCCAGAGGUGCCAGGACCAUGGCCGAGUCUGUCACCUACGCAGACCUGCGGUUCGUGAAGGCUCCCCUGAAGAAGAGGGUCUCCAGCCAGCCAGGGCAGGACCCAGAGGCUGACGACGACGGGGAGCUCACCUAUGAGAACGUGCAAGUGCCCACACUCUCAGGGGGAGCCUCAAACUUGGCUUCUUCUGGGCUAGGGAACAAGGCCGGUAUGGAGAGCCCAGGGGAUGGGUGUUUGUGGGGCGCUGUGUCUAGAGCUGGGGAGUCCAGAGCCGUCUUGGGAGGACAAUAUCCCUGGGAAAGGAGGGGGGCUCCUAGCAAAGAGAAGAAGGAGCCCUGGGGCCUCCUGCCAGGCGGUGCCCUCCAUCCUCCUCACCUCCAGCCCGUAUUCCGGACGCCUUCCCGCUCCCUGCGGACUCACUGCGCGACCGACCCCGGCGCCUGCCCCGCGUCCUCUGAGCGAGGCUCUUUCCCAAGAAUAUCCCCCCCCCCCCACACUCCCCGGUUUAUAAACUCGUUCCUGGGCUCACUGUGCCUCGUGCCACUGUCUCCCGAAGGCCAGGGCAGCCCAACCUGCUGGAAAUACCUCCUUCUGGGCCUGCUCCUCACCUGCCUGCUGUUAGGGGUGGCUGCCAUCGCCCUGGGGGUGCGCUAUCUGCAGGUGUCUCAGCAGCUCCAGCACACGAGCCGGGCCCUGGACGCCACUAACAGCAGCCUGAGGCUGCAGCUCCGCCUGCAGAGCGCGCAGCUGGGCCAGCAGGAGCGGGAGCUGCAGGGCUCCAGGAGGGAACUGGCCCAGACGCGGGAAGCGCUGCAGGUGGAACAGCGCGAUUGCCAGGCCGUCAGGAAGCAGUCGCAGGACUGGCUGGCCGGCUGGGAGGAGACAAAGGAGGCCCUGAGACGUGAGGAGACGCAGAGGAGGGACGUGGAGGAGAGACUGAACCGCUGGCGGGACACGCUGAAGCCCCUCUGCGUGCCUGAAACGCCGAAGCCCAACUUGGAACACCACCACCCCUCAGGUAUCUGCUCUGGGAGAGGAGCGGCGGGAGGUGUGCUGUGA